AUGUCUAAACCAUCUGCUGAAAAGUAUUCAAUAUGCCAUACAUAUGAGAGAUCGAAAUCUGUGAUUGAAGAACGUAUCAGAGUAAUCGAAAAACAUUUAAAACACGCACAAAAUGCCAUUGCACAGUUUGAACGAAAGAUCUCAUCAGAAUGUGAACAGGAUCAUGAUUGUUUAAGUGUAUUGAAAGAAUUAAACACAAUUAUUUAUCGAUUAGUACAAGAAAAGCAACAAGUUAUAAAAGAUAAAUUCAAAUAUCAAAGACAAAUAUUCCUUUUGAAUGCAACUGACCAUCUAUUACUUCAAAAUUUCAUUGAUAUUGAACCAAACAGUGGACAUGUGAGCAUAUCAACUAUAAUAUUUCGUUUGAUAAAAUCAUAUAUCCAUCGUUUGAAUUUGUUACUGAUCACAUGGGCAAGACAUGUAUGGAAAGCAACAAAAGAUCAACUGAUAAUAGAAGAAGAUAUUGCUUUGUUACAACAUCGUCUUCUAUCUACAACAUUAAACUCAACAUCUAAUUUAGUUCGUAAAAUCAUAAAUAACAUUGUUACAGAUAUUCAAAAACUAAAUGAUCCCUUGACAGAAUCAACAACAACUAACACUUCUUCGAAAACAGCUGAAACACUAUCAGCUUGGAGAAAAGAUAUUAUUCAAGAAGCUAUUUUUAUCCAUCAGAAAGGACUGGAACAAAUCAAAACAACUAUACAAACAGAACACGAGAAGUUUUACAUUCAAAACCGAUAUAAGGAAACCACGUGUCAAUACCAGAAACGUGUGUAUGAAGCUAUCGAAAACCGUUCACAGCAUAUGAUAAAACGUGCCAAUUGUAUGAAACAAUAUCAUCUAUCAACAUCUUUUAAUCCAACAGAUCAUCAACCAUAA